CUGAUCGUGAUAAAAAAGAAUGUGGCCUAUUUUUCAGGGACAGCGGACAGAUGUUGACCCAUUAAUCAAUGCACGUUCAACACCUGACUCGUCUUCUGUCAUUUCAAAUAUAAAAUGUGUCUUGAACCUUGUAACAGAAAGAGUCAUGCAGUCACAUGAAUGGAAAAGGUUAAUAGGACAAAUUUUGCAAGCUCUGCUUUCUGAGAAGUCUACAGAUUUCAGUGUGCUUUUGUGUGUUCUUGACACGGUAAAGGUGUGGAUUGAAGAUGAUUACAGAUAUUCUUCCUCUGGUGCAUCAAGUUCUGCUCUAACUCAGAAGGAGAUAGUGUCCUAUCUGCAAAAGCUAUCAUUAGUUGAAUGGAAAAACUUUCCUGCAGUUGCACAAGAAGAAUGGGAUAGGAAAUAUUUACAACUUCUCUAUGAACUUUGUGCAGACUCGAACAAAUAUCCUUUGCCCCUUUGCCAGGAAGUUUUCCAGAAGGUUGAAAGACAGUUCAUGUUGGGUUUAAGAGCAAAAGAUCCAGAAAUCAGACAAAAUUUUUUCAUGUUAUACCAUGAAUCACUUCCUAAAACACUGUUUAGCAGAUUACACUUUAUCAUCCAAAAUCAGGAUUGGGAAGCUGCAAGUGAUGUUUUUUGGCUAAAACAGGGACUUGACCUUCUGUUAGCUAUCUUAGUAGAGAAAGAGCCUAUCAUGCUAGCCCCAAAUUCUGCACGAGUGCCACCAGUAAUGGCAUCAGGAAGUUUUCCCGAGACAUAUGCAGUUCAGCACACAUCUGAUCUAUCAGAUUAUACGGAUGGGGGUUCCCUUACUUUUGAUUCUCUUGUGUGUAGACAUGCACAAUUUUUGUCUGAAAUGUGUAGACUUCAGGUGGCUGAUCUUGUCAUCCCCCUAAGAGAAUUAUCGUAUGCAGAUGCUAAUGUUGCAUAUCACAUGUGGGUCUUAAUUUUCCCCAUUGUCUGGGUGACUUUACAGAAAGAUGAACAAGUUGCUCUUGCCAAGCCAAUGAUUACUCUGUUGUCAAAAGAUUACCACAAAAAGCAACAAGGUAGCAGACCUAAUGUUGUGCAAGCCUUACUUGAAGGGCUGCAUCUGAGCCACCCACAACCACGGAUGCCAAGUGAGCUUAUCAAAUAUAUUGGCAAAACUUACAAUGCGUGGCAUAUUUCACUUAAUUUACUAGAGAGUCAUGUCAUGCUGUUCAUGAAUGAAGCUAAAUGCUCUGAAUCACUGGCAGAGCUUUAUCGACUUCUUAAUGAAGAAGAUAUGAGGUGUGGAUUGUGGAAAAGAAGAUCAAUUACUUCUGAAACAAGAGCAGGAUUAUCACUGGUUCAACAUGGUUAUUGGCAGCGGGCCCAAAAUCUUUUUCAUCAGGCAAUGAUCAAAGCAACACAAGGUACAUACAACAAUACAGUUCCUAAGGCAGAGAUGUGUCUUUGGGAAGAGCAAUGGCUUUACUGUGCAAGUCAGCUAAGUCAAUGGGAUGCCUUGGCCGAUUUUGGCAAGAGCAUAGAGAAUUAUGAAAUUCUUCUUGAUUGCCUGUGGAAGGUUCCUGACUGGACUUAUUUGAAAGAGAGUGUUAUCUCUAAGGCUCAAGUAGAGGAGACUCCUAAGUAUCGCCUAGCUCAAGCCUUCUUUGCUCUCCAUGACCGCAAUGCUAAUGGUGCCAGUGAAGCUGAAAACAUCGUGGCCAAAGGAGUUGAGCUUGCAUUGGAGCAAUGGUGGCAGUUGCCUGAAUUUUCUGUUCAAUCUCGAACACCUCUGUUGCAGCAAUUUCAUCAAUUGGUAGAGGUUCAAGAAUCUGCAAGAAUACUGUUGGACAUUGCAAAUGGGAACAAACAACCCUCAGGUAGCUCAGGUGGGAAUGUAAAUGCAUAUGGUGAGCUCAAAGACAUCGUUGAGACUUGGAGACUACGUACUCCCAAUGAAUGGGAUAAUAUGUCUGUUUGGUAUGAUCUACAGCAGUGGAGAAAUGAGAUGUACAAUGUUGUCAUAGAUGCAUUUAAAGAUUAUGCUCAAACCAAUCCACAACUUCAUCAUCUUGGUUAUCGUGAUAAGGCUUGGAAUGUUAAUAAACUCGCUCAUGUAGCUCGCAAGCAAGGCCUAUAUGAUGUUUGUGUAAAAAUAUUGGAGAAGAUGUACGGACAUUCUACAAUGGAAGUGCAGGAAGCAUUUGUUAAAAUAAGAGAGCAAGCAAAGGCUUACUUGGAAAUGAAAGGGGAACUAAUCAGUGGCCUUAAUUUGAUCAACAAUACUAACCUUGAAUAUUUUCCUGUAAAACACAAAGCAGAAAUAUUUCGCAUCAAAGGUGAUUUCUUAUCGAAAAUGAAUGACUGUGAAAACGCCAAUCUUGCAUAUUCUAAUGCAAUAAGUCUAUUUAAGCAUUUGCCAAAAGGUUGGAUAAGUUGGGGAAACCACUGUGACAUGGUUUACAAAGAGACACAUGACGAGUUGUGGUUAGAAUAUGCUGUGAGCUGCUUCUUUCAAGGCAUAAGAUAUGGUGUUUCCAAUUCGAGGAGUCAUUUGGCGCGUGUUCUAUACCUUCUUAGUUUUGAUACACCAAAUGAAUCUGUUGGGAAGGUAUUGGAUAAGUAUUUGGACCAGUUACCACAUUGGGUUUGGCUUUCUUGGAUACCACAACUUUUGCUUUCUUUACAAAGAAGUGAAGCUCCGCAUUGCAAGCUAGUUCUUCUUAAAGUUGCUCAAGUUUAUCCUCAGGCCUUGUAUUACUGGUUACGUACCUAUCUUAUGGAGCGUCGUGAUGUUGCUAAUAAAUCUGAUUAUGGAAGGCUACAAUUAGCUCAGCAGCGUGUGCAACAAGCUGCAACAGCAAAUAAUGCUUGUUCCCAUAACUUGGUUGAUGGAAGUCAACGAGGAGCCUCUCACCUUGGUGUUACUUCAGAAACUCAGGUGCAUCAAGGUUCCCAGUCGGCUGCUAGUGUUGGUUCACAUGAAGGUGCAAAUUCUCAAGGACAAGAAUCUGAAAGAUCUGGAACGAUGGAAGGUAAUGCCAACAGUGUGCAGGACCAACCUCCACAAAAUCCAACUUCUGCUGAAGGUGCUCAUAUUCCUUUAAGACGCAAUGGUGGACUUGGCUGGGUGGCUUCCGUUGCAAGUGCUUUUGAUGCAGCAAAAGAUAUAAUGGAGACUCUUAGGAACAAACAUCAAAAUUUGGCUAGUGAACUAGAGGUUUUACUCUCUGAAAUUGGUUCAAGAUUUGUCACGCUUCCUGAAGAGCGGCUUCUUGCAGUGGUUAAUGCAUUGCUUCAUCGUUGUUACAAAUAUCCUACUGCUACCACUGGUGAGGUGCCACAGUCUUUGAAGAAGGAGCUUUCUGGUGUAUGUAGAGCCUGUUUUUCAGCAGAUGCUGUUAACAAACAUGUUGAAUUUGUAAAAGAGUAUAAACAGGAAUUUGAGCGGGAUCUUGAUCCAGAGAGAGCGGCAACCUUUCCCUCUACUCUCUCUGAAUUAACAGAACGCUUGAAGCAUUGGAAGAAUAUUCUUCAGAGUAAUGUUGAAGACAGAUUUCCUGCUGCCUUGAAACUUGAAGAAGAAAGCAAAGUAUUGCAUGACUACCAUGUCAUUGAUGUUGAAAUGCCAGGCCAGUAUUUCACGGACCAGGAAGUUGCACCUGAUCAUACAGUUAAGUUAGACAGGGUUGGAGCAGAUAUUCCAAUUGUGCGUAGGCAUGGUAGCAGUUGCCGUCGCUUGACUCUAAUAGGAUCUGAUGGUUUCCAACGCCAUUUCAUUGUUCAGACAUCACUGACUCCAAACGCUCGGAGUGAUGAGCGCAUGCUUCAGCUAUUUCGCGUGUUUAAUCGGAUGUUUGACAAGCACAAGGAAUCAAGACGCCGCCAUCUCACUCUCCAUACGCCAAUAAUAAUACCUGUUUGGUCACAGGUAAGGAUGGUGGAGGAUGAUUUGAUGUACAGUACAUUUCUCGAGGUCUAUGAGAUUAAUUGUGCACGCCAUAAUAGGGAGGCUGAUAUCCCCAUCACUCUUUUUAAGGAACAUCUUAACCAAGCCAUUUCUGGGCAACUCACACCUGAAGCAGUUCUCGAGUUGCGUUUACAGGCUUAUCAUGAAAUUACCAAAAAUGUGGUGAAUGAUAACAUAUUUUCUCAAUACAUGUACAAAACCCUCCCAAGUGGCAACCAUCUUUGGACAUUCAAGAAACAAUUUGCUGUCCAGCUGGCGCUCUCAUGCUUUAUAUCAUACAUGUUACAGAUUGGGGGCAGAUCUCCCAAUAAGAUUCUCUUUGCUAAAAACACUGGCAAGAUUUUUCAAAUUGAUUUUCAUCCUGCUUACGAUGUGAAUGGGAUGAUCGAGUUCAAUGAGCCAGUACCCUUCAGACUGACCAGAAACAUGCAAACUUUCUUCUCUCAGUUUGGGGUGGAGGGUCCUAUCAUAUCUGCAAUUUGUGCGGCUGCACAGUCAGUAAUUUCACCAAAGCAAACCCAACAUAUAUGGCAUCAUCUUGCUAUGUUCUUUAGAGAUGAGCUGCUUUCUUGGUCAUGGAGAAGGCCGCUUGGAAUUCCACCUGCACCAGUUGCUGCAGGAGGAAUCAACCCACUGGACUUCGAGCAGAAAGUGGCUACCAACGUAGAGAAUGCUGUUUCACGUAUUAAAUCAAUAGCACCACAAUGUUUCCCCGAAGAGGACGACAACACAACUGACCCCCCGCAGUCUGUACAAAGAGGCGUCACUGAUUUAGUAGAAGCAGCCUUGGAACCGAGGAACCUUUGCAUGAUGGAUCCAACAUGGCACCCAUGGUUCUAACUUCUCAUUCCAAUUUUUCUAAUUCACAACUCAGUAAGCAAGCCGAAUUUGUAGGUAAUGGGCAACAUGAAAUUAUUUUGUAAAUAUUUUUAUGCAAAAGAUUUUAUAGUAGAUCAAGUUGUUACUGUGUAUAAUUUUAAUCGUCUGUAUAUAAAUUACACAGAAGUAUCGUUCUAUAAGUAAGUCUAAAGGUACAAGAUUCGAUGA